ACGCCGUCUUUCGUGAAGCGGCCGCUGCCAUGACAGAAACGGCGCCGCCUUUGACGCCCACCCCGACCCCGACCACCACCCCGACGUCGUUAGCCCGGCAGACCAGCGCCCCCAGCCCCGCCCGGGCCUAUCACCUGCGCCCGGCCUUCCACCACAGGUUCCGUUCUUCCAUGGUGAAAGAUUGCAUCCGUGAAGUCCUGAAGGAGGAGUUGGCCAACGUACAGUACAACCCAGAGGAGACUGGAACCCGAACCAAAGUCUUAUCUGAGCUGAUCCGGGACAGGCUGAAAGAGAAAGGAUUUCACCGAUAUAAAAUAGUGGUGCAAGUAGUGAUCGGAGAACAGAGAGGCGAGGGAGUGAACAUGGCUGCCCGUUGUUUUUGGGAUGCUGAUACCGAUAACUACGCUCAGGAUGUUUUCAUCAACGCGUUUCCAGCCGAGCUGCCAGAGGCGAUUUACGGGAUGGAUCCCCAGAUCUCAGCCAGAUUGAGCUCCAGGAAGAGGAGGAAAGAAGGAGCCGGUCCCAACGGGGCCGCCGAGUCGGACGGCAUCCCCGUAAAACUGCCCCGCAACUGUUUCGGCCUGCGAGACCCAGCGCCGUUUUCCGAUGAACUGGAAGUGGAUUACAGCAAACCCUACACACGAGUAACAUUUGAGGAGGCAACAAGAGGGACACCCUUGGACAGGCCCGUCCGGGUUUACGCCGAUGGGAUUUUUGACCUCUUCCACUCUGGACACGCACGGGCUCUCAUGCAAGCCAAGAACCUCUUUCCCAACACCUACCUCAUUGUCGGAGUCUGCAGCGACGAGCUGACGCACAACUUCAAGGGCUUCACGGUGAUGAACGAAGCCGAGCGCUACGACGCCGUGCAGCACUGCCGUUACGUGGACGAGGUGGUGAGAAACGCCCCCUGGACGCUCAGCCCGGAGUUCUUGGCGGAGCACAGGAUCGACUUUGUCGCCCACGAUGACAUCCCCUACUCCUCAGCUGGCAGUGAUGACGUCUACAGACACAUAAAAGAAGCAGGAAUGUUUGCCCCCACGCAGAGAACCGAAGGCAUCUCUACCUCCGAUAUCAUCACCCGCAUUGUCCGGGACUACGACGUCUACGCCCGGCGGAAUCUGCAGAGGGGCUACACGGCCAAGGAGCUCAACGUCAGCUUCAUCAACGAGAAGAAGUACCACUUGCAAGAGAGGGUGGACAAGGUGAAGAAGCGAGUGAAGGACGUGGAGGAGAAAUCGAAGGAGUUUGUCCAGAAAGUGGAAGAAAAAAGCAUCGACCUCAUUCAGAAGUGGGAAGAGAAAUCGCGGGAAUUCAUCGGCAACUUCUUGGAGAUGUUCGGCCCCGAAGGCGCCUUGAAGCACAUGCUGAAAGAGGGGAAGGGCCGCAUGCUGCAGGCCAUCAGCCCCAGCAGCAGCCCCACGCACGACCGCUCGCCCUCGCCCUCCUUCCGCUGGCCUUUCACCGCCAGGACGCCCCCCCUGUCUCCAGCCGGCCUCCCUCGGAACAAGUCGAGGGCCAGCUAUGACAUCAGCGAGGAUGAGGAGGACUGAGCCUUCCCCGGGAGACGGCGGCGCGGCGGGGCUUACGGAAGCCACGAGCCACUGGGGGAGACCCUGAGAACUUCUGCCUGGCUCCCAAAAUCCAGGAGCUGAGAUGGUCACACCUCUGGAAACGUUUUCUCUUCCCCCAACCUCCGGGAGCUGGGACACACCGUAGCAUUUUCCUUAUAUCUUUUGUUUUAUUUUCCUCCUCUCCUUUUCCCGGUUAUUUCUCUGCCCCUACGGAGGGAAACGGUGAUUCUUCUUUUAAAACCAAACAUUUUUAUUUAUUUAUUUUUUUUGCCGUUAGCCGAAAGCAUCAAAUUUGGAGACGGUAAGGAUGGGAAACCUCUCUUUCUCACCUGCCUUCUCAUCCUUAACAUCGCCAUCUCCGCUUCUCCACCGUCGGCCGGGUCCUUGGCCUGCAGGGAGCAGAGGCCCUUAAAAGUGGGCGAACCAGGGGGUGGCGGGGGGAGGAAAAAGCUGCAAAAAGGCCGCUCCCCACGCCUAGGGGCAGAGACAGAGAGAGAGAGAGUGUGUGUGCACGUCGUCUCGCAGCCUCCCCAGGUUUCUAGUCCUCAAGAGAGAAAGCGGAGAGGCGAUGCGAAGCGAAAGUUUGCUUCGGGGGUUCCCCAAGAGACUCACACCUGGGUUUCACGCUCCCCGCUCUUCCUGUGUGUGUGUGUGUGUGCCCCCCCCCCCCCCCCCGGAAAAGUGAAAGCUGCCUUUUUUCGGUUCCUUUUGCAACGUCCCGCAAGGAGGUCAGAGCUGCAGGUGAACCAGGGGUGGAGGGAGAGGGAGAGCAGUGAACUUUUCUCUCCCGACUCGGCUGAGAGUUUCCAGAUUGUUGUGUUGUCAGUCCAUCGGGGUGGCACAUCCGUUGCACUAAAAAGCCGCACAAACGGACACAUCAGGUCCGUUUUCGCCUAACGGAGCCGGUCCAUCCCCCUCUCCCUCCCCCCCUCCAAGCUAUUUGCAAAGUGCCCUGGGGCAGCCCCAUCCCAUUUCAGUAACAUUUCGCCUUUGCGUGUCCUGUCCCGUCACGGAAAAAAACCAUCAAUUUCUGCGGGUGGCUGGUCUUCGCGCCCGCCUUUUCCCCCCGAGAGGUUCCCUCUCUUCUCGCGUGCCUGAUGCGCGCCCCACACUGCCGAGAAUCAGCCCGGAUUCUGCCCCGCGGCUGAACGAGGGAAGCUCCAUCAGGCACGGCCCCGAGCCGAGGUGGGUGCACGGUCACCCGCUGGGCCCCAGAUUGCAAGAGUUGGAGUGGGCGCCUGGCCAUCUUUCCCUGCCGCCACUCCUCUGGAGCAGGGGUCUCCAACCUUGGCAACUUGAAGACUUGUGGACUUCCAACUCCCAGAGUUCCUCAGCCAGCUUUGCUUACUCUCUUGCAAUCCCUUCCUCUGCAAUCUCUCCACUUUGGCGGGUAAGAGAAAAAGAAACAGACACGGCUGGCUGAGGGAUUCUGGGAGUUGAAGUCCACAAGUCUGAAAGUUGCCAAGGUUGGAGACCCCCCCUGCUCUGGAGGACGCCGAGCAACAUCUGGGCGGCAGCCGCUCGUUUGCCCUGGCGCCACGCCCGUUCGUUAGGAACCCACUUCUCGUUGGCUGUUGUUCUUAACUCUGUAAUAAAUGUUCGGGUUUGA